AUGGCCGACAUCGCAUGGACCCCAAGAAAAGGCAUCUUGGCAAAAAGAGGUUUGGCGAAAGAGCUCUUCAAUCGUGGUGACUUGCAUGAUCCCCGCAUCUCAUCGCUGCAAAGGGUCCUCAAUAUCAAUAUGUUGGUCCUGCGUCUGGCCGGGUGGUCGACAUCUCAGUCAACGUCAUCAUCGUCGAUUGCAGCCUCGCGAUACUUGUCAUCCAACUUUACCUUCGAUUAUCAACCUCAAGUGGCAUAA